AUGAACCACUUCCCUCACGGCUGGGGCAGACCUAGAGACGAUGUCUACGGCGCUUACGACUACUCGCACUUUGGCAACCAAGAUCACGCAGGUCCUAUCCAACAUACUCAGUCACCCAUCGUCACCGGUACCUCUGUCAUCGGCAUCAAGUACAAGGACGGUGUUGUCAUCGCCGCCGACAACUUAGCUUCAUACGGUUCCCUUGCCCGCUUCACCGAUGUCAAGCGUCUGCGCGUCUUCAACAAACAAUCCGUCGUUGGCUUUGGUGGCGAUGUUUCCGACAUGCAAUACCUCGAUCGCCUUCUCGGUACCCUCAACAUCAACGAGAACUACCAAUCCUCCGACGAUGCCACCCAGCUCUCAGCAAAGAACCUGCACACAUACCUCAGCAAAGUCAUGUACAAGCGUCGCUCCGACUUCAACCCCUUGUGGAAUGCCAUCCUCGUUGCAGGUCUCGAUGACAACAAGAAGCCCUUCCUGGCCAGCGUUGAUCUUCUUGGUACCACCUUCAGUGCCCCGACACUUGCUACCGGUUUCGGUGCUCACCUCGCACAACCCGUCCUCCGCCGCGUGGUACCCGACGAAGAGGCAGCAGCCAAGUUGACUCGGGAAGAGGCCGUUGAGACCAUCAAAGAGUGUAUGAAGGUCCUCUUCUACCGCGACGCAAGGAGUAUGGAUCAAUACAGCAUCGCCGUCAUCGACGGUCAAUCAGGUGUUGAUCUCAAGGAGUCUGAGAAGCUCGAAAAGCAGAGCUGGGCAUUCGCAGAAGGCAUCAGAGGUUACGGCACCCAAACAGCAUAG